AGGAUGAUAAUAAUAAAUAGACAAGGAGAGAAGUCGUACUUCUUUGGGUUCAGUAGGAGAGGGUGUGAAAAGUACACUGAGACACACAGAGAACAGGAGCCCCACAGAAAGUAACCACUGAAUGAGAAAAAAUUGAACUUGCUGUUCUUACAUCUCUGUCUCAGAGUGCAGACUGGAUACUAUAGAAACAUAAAUAAAAAAAGGAUAACCCUCUAACAGACAGGAAUGACGUUUCUGAAAUUUUUGAUACCUUUUCUUUUGCACCUAUCCUUUUCAGAUAGCAUUCCAAGACUGAAGUUUUUCAUCAGAGAUGCUCCUUUGGUGGAAUUUGACAGUGAGCAGAAAUGGAUGACAGCCUUUCACCAUGAUGGAUCUGAUAUCCUAUAUGUUGGUGGAAGAGAAGUUGUAUACAUCCUUCAUUUUACCAGUUCAGAAGUAAAGCAAAUCCCGAUUCACAUCCAUGCAAGUGAAGAUAUGAAAGAGGACUGUGUCAAUACAUCUCCAGAAUUUCGGGCAGAAUGUGAGAAUUUUAUUGUUGCUCUUCAGAGAUUCGAUGAUGAUUUUGUGAUAGCUUGUGGCACAAAUGCUGGGCAACCCAAGUGUUGGACAAUGCAAAGUAAUGAAACAGAUGUCCCGAAGAAUUUCACACAAGAUGAAGCCACACCUGGAAACAAUAUGACUUCCCAUUUCCCAUCUCAGAAAUCUGUGACCAUUGCAGUAGAUGGAGAUCUGUACUCAGCUGUUUCUUCUACGACAAAACAAGUUGGCUUGAUACUGAGAAACUCUUCCAAGGGAAGAAAAUCAUUAAAAACUGAAGACAAGUGGCUACUCAAUGCCCAGUUUGUCAGCUCAGCACCAGUUCCAGGAAGUAACAACAAAACAAAAGAAAUGUAUUUUUUCUUCAGCGAAUCUAACAAAUCAGCAAGCCUAGACGAGGAUCCAUUUAAGGCUCGAAUUGUUCGUAUUUGCCAGGCAGAUGAAGGACGGUUGAAAAAUGUCCUACAGGAUACCUUCACCACUUUUCUGAAAGCAAGACUUGUUUGUGGCUCUCGCAGUAAGUUCCUACUUUACAACAAGGUUCAGGAUGCAGCCUUGUUUACAACGGAUGGUGUAGGCAAAGGAACGUUGUAUGGUAUCUUUGCAAACCCCUGGGGACUAACUGCUGUGUGUGCCUACUCUUCAGAGAACAUUUCUAAUGCUUUUGAUACAUCCUUACUGAAGGGAUACACCAGGACACUUCCUGAUCUAAGACCUAGAGCGUGUAUUACUGGUGUCCCACAGAAAGCUGCUAUGGAUAUCAUCAGAACUAACAAUGAACUUGAGACAGUGCUGUAUGCUGAAGGGGAUCAACCUCUCUGUGUAUCUGAUCAAUAUGACAGCUAUGUAAAAAUUGCAGUAACCAGGGUUCGAGCUGCUAAUGGACGCCUCUACAAUGUCUUCUUUCUGGGAACUGAAAAAGGAAACAUUCAGAAGGUUCUCCACCUGAAAGACCAGGCCUUCAUCAUCUCAGAACUCAACCCAUUCAGAAAGGAUGCCCCAGUAUCCACCAUGCAUGUGGAUAGCACCAAGGGUCAUCUUUAUGUGACUACCACAUAUGAAGCAGCACGCUUACACAUCGCAGACUGCAAGCAAUAUGGGAAUACCUGCAGGAAGUGCGUUGCUGCCCGUGACCCAUUCUGUGGAUGGGAUUCCAGCAUUCAUGAAUGUUCAGCAGUCGCUCAGCAAACAGAUACAGUGGCAAGCAAUAUCCUUCAAGAGUUGGAGCACUCAAAUACAUCAAUUUGUGAUACUGUAGAACCGGUGUCAGAGCCAAGGACCAUGAAAGAGCCAAAUGUAGUAAUUGUCAAUACCGAAGAUUAUGCCUACCUUCCAUGCCCAGUUCGCUCCUUCUACGCCAACUAUACCUGGAGAAAGGACAAUGAAGAGCUGUACCCAUGCACUAUCAGUGAGGACUCCUGCACACUUGUUCUUGGAAGGCGCAAUCUUCUAAUCCCCGGUGUUUUCAGAUGUACUGCCACAGAGGAAGGACAUCAGGAGGAAAUCACAGCCUAUAGACUUGAGCUCAGCAGUGGAAGAAUUCUGCAGCCUGCAUGGAUUUGGGCAAUAGGAAUUGUCCUAUUACUCAACAAUGUUGUUCUUAUGUAAAUGACCAAAAAAAUAAUAGCUUUCAUUGUCCAUAACUACUAUGUCACUGCCAAUGCACUUCCAUUAUCAGCUACCAACCUUCCUCCUGCUCCUUCUGCUCUAUCUGUUAUGUAUGAAGGAUCGUUCAAUAACACUGAAUUCCACACUACAGCAAAGUACAUUUUAUCCAGAUCUUUGCAGAAAAAAUAUUUUCCUUACGGUGGUUAAAAUGGGCACUCCUGAAUCUUAACCAGUCAUUUCUGAAAUUAAGGGUUUGCAGAUGCACAACUGUUUUUUCUUACCAAACCUGCUUAUGAUGAUAUUUUUUAUCCCUUUGUACCAGAUGCUCAGUGCUAGCUCUACUACCCACAUUCCCAUCUCAAGGCUCCAUUCUGCUCUAUAUUCCCUCACAGAUGCUAUAAUUUAUGAAUAUCUGUCGGUGCUUAGCUUCAGUUACCAUGAAAGGUUACCUGACCUUUUGUUGAACCCAGAUAAAUCUGUGGACCUAGUGACAAGUUGCAAACAGUUUAUUUGGCCUUGUUUGACAUAUGCAAGUAAAACCCAAAUCUGUGGACCCAGUGACAGGUACCAGGCAGUUUAUAUGCCCUUGUUGGACAUAAACAAGUAAAACCCAUUCACGUUUAUGUUGUGGCUAUGUGAAGCAUAGCAAGCAGUUCAGUAGCAUUGUGGCUUUCAUGGUAGUUUUUUUUAGUUUAGAAAUGUGGGUUCUACAACAGGUAACUACAUUCCUAGUUAGCAAUGUGGACCCUGUGUAAAGAGGUAAAUGUUCAAGCAGUACUGUAGACUCCAUGUGGGUGGUAAGAAUCUCAGAUAACAUUAUGUGCCCUACAGUAAUUAAUGAUAGACAUCCAUGAUUCAUUCUUUUCCCUGAGGCACACAGUAGUGAAUCUCAGGGCAUUUUGCUUCUCUUGCCAAGUGACAGUCUAUAUUCUCCUCAGCUGAGAAAGAUGCAUGUUUUUUAUCUUUAGCCAACAGAUAUCAUUACAUUUUUACAAUAAAUAGUAAUGCAAGCAGUCUGCACAGCAUUAGCAGCAUCUCUGUACUAUGAGUUACAGUGCACAUGCCUGUGAUUACUGUUUAAAGCUCACACCACAUCCAAGUGGAAGUAAACCCAGACAGUGUAGGAGUUUUAAAGACCUGCAGCCUUCAUCCAUUAGGUAUCACAAGCCCCUUCCUGAACUCAUGUGAGAGGUAGUCACUGCAUCCUUCAUGCACCUGGACCAAUGUGUAUCUGGCCUUCUUCCAUUAGGUGUCCCAAGCUCCUUCCUGAACUCACGUGAGAGGUUGUGACUGCAUCAUUCAUGCACCUGCACCACUGUGUCUUUGGCCUUCUUCUAUUAGGUGUCCCAAGCUCCUUCCCAAACUCAUGUGAGAGGUGGUGACUGCAUUAUUCAUGCACCUACAUCACUGUGUAUCUGGCCUUCUUCCAUUAGGUGUAACCAAACCCCUUCCCAAACUCACGUGAGAGGUGGUGACUGUAUCAUUCAUUCACCUGCACCACUGUAUAUUUGGUAUUGUUACUCCAGUAUCAUUGUCAAACAAAAGUACUCCUGAACCUGAGGACAAUCAUCUGAGAAAGUUCCCCACCAGCAGUGCUAUGGUAACAUUUAAAUCAAACUUUGCUUUAUACCAUCUAUGUUUUAAAGUCUUACCUGGCUACUUGCAAUCAAAUCAGCACCUAAAGCAUCAUUUACUUUUCGGCAUCUUCAUUGAAGCAAAUCCUGAAAUUUCAGGUAAGAUGCAAACGAAAUUUUAAAUGUAUACUACAUUAAACAGUUCAAAUCAACCAUAUCCCACAUUUAAUUAUUUAGUGUUAGCUGUAUAAUGUACUUAAUUAGAAAUGUAUGUAUUUCCAUUUGUUCAUUAGGCAAGCACACUGGUCAAAGGAUCUUUUUCAGGCAUGGCACAGGCCUAGAAGCACAUAAAAUAGUAAUACACUAACAGUACAAUAGUAAACAGUGAAAGUAAUUAUAGGCAAUAAAAUUCCCAAACAUUGUGUUAAUAACUUCAUAAAAUAAAGCACUGUGACAUUCACUAUUAGGGAAUCUACAGUUUUACAUUACACUACUGCAGUGUGCCCUGAAGGCAAGAUAUACAUGUGAUAACAUACCUCUUACCUCUCAGCACAAGAAAUAUGGACAAAACAGAAAUAAUGCGGGGACAAGGGUCCAGAAAUAUGGACAGAUUUUAAUAUUGCUCUUAUAAACUUAGAAAGUUGUCUGAAUAACAGGUGUUGCAUUAUC